UCUUACGUACCAACAACAGCAACAAGCCACUGUGAACGAUGAACGAAACACAUCAUGUCACAGUCAAGGAAGAACAAAACAUUAUCGACAACACCAGAAAAGAGGUCACACACAUCUUUCAAGUCAACUUCUUCGCUAUGUGUCUUUUAAAUACUUUUCCAUGGGAUUUACUAGACCGAGAACUUAAAAGCUCAAAGACUUCGGACGUCAUCUUAGAGAUUCUUGAUAAGACAUGUUUAAAUGCAGUUUGUCGCGAGAAUCCCCCCUCUCUGAAAUACAGGAGACGCUUCUUAACAGAAUUGAUAAAAAGGCAUGAGAUGUUGGAAGCAGAGCCCCUGGAUGCACUGUACGAAGCUCUGGGAGAGGUCAUGUGCGCACAGGAGAGGGACACGUGCUACAAAACCUACCUAUUGCCAACAGGAGAUGCUGUUAGUCUAGCAGAGAACGUGGCACUUAUCUCUGAGGGCACAACAGGUCUGGUUACCUGGGAAGCUGCUUUAUACCUGGCUGAAUGGGCUUUGGAAAACCCCCACAUCUUCAAAAACAAGACUGUGCUUGAACUGGGCAGUGGGGUCGGACUCACUGGCAUUGUUGUGUGUCGAUCGUCGAGUCCAACCAAAUACAUUUUCAGUGACUGCCAUCCGACUGUGCUUCAGCGGCUGAGGGACAAUGUCACAAACUGCUUAACUAACCGUCACUGCAACAGCGUGCAAGUGUGUGUGGAGCAACAGGACUGGCAAAAGGUGACUGAUGAGCAGUUGCGAAGAAUUCACGCCGACACCAUCAUUGCUGCAGAUGUGGUGUAUGAUCCUGAUAUUAUUAGCUGUUUGGUGAAAUUGCUGGCAAGGCUUUUCAACUACAAGUUUCAAGAAAGCCAUCCUGAUGUUUACAUUGCAUCCACUGUACGCAACCCCCAGACAUAUGACUGCUUCAAGACAGAAUUAGAAAAGGCUGGACUAAAACAUGACAUCAUUAAAGAUGCUGUCACGCAAGUAUUCCCAUACAACAGAGUCUCCACAAUAGAAAUGAUCAAAAUACAUGCAUAACAAAACCUUCA